AUGUUACAAAGUCUUUUGGAUGGAUCGUUUCUCUCUCAGCAUCCGUAUGUGUGUGCUGCGUCUGCUAUUUUAGUGGCUUCGUAUGCUGCUCUUCGUUAUUUUGUGAUCAAUGGAGCAAGUACGAAUGGAGAGGAACAAAAUUUGAAUGGAAAAGUCUUUAUGGUGACAGGUGCAACGAGUGGUAUUGGAAGUUACACGGCUCAAGUCUUGUACAGACAAGGUGCAAAAGUCUAUCUCGCAUGUCGAUCUGAAGAUAAAACUCUCGAGAUGAUUCGUACCAUUCGUGAUCAAGUGCAAGGUUCAUCUCAUGUGAGUGGUGGCUCACUUCACUUUUUACGACUCGAUUUGAAUGAUUUGGAAAGUGUUCGAGAAUGUGCCAAAGAAUUUCUCAAAACAGGUGACACUCUCGAUGGUUUAAUUAAUAACGCUGGUUGUGUCACCAAUAGUAUUCGAUACACAAAACAAGGUUUUGAGGAAAUGAUGCAAGCGAAUGUAUUGGGUCAUCACUUGUUGAUUGAAUUAUUGUGGCAAAAUAUGGACAAGAACCCACAUGGUGCACGAAUUGUUAUUGUGGCAUCGAUGGCUCACAUGUUUGUGAAUGAUAAUGAUUUUUGGAAUGCGCAAACCAAGACUUAUUCCUUGUUGAAUCAUGUCAAGAAACCAGUAACCAAAUUUUCGAGUAUGGCUUAUAUUGACACGAAUAAGCAAUAUGGUCUCACAAAAUUGUGUAAUAUUUAUCAGGUAUAUAACAUUCAUGAGCUGAGAAUUAAGAAUAAUCCUAAUUGUAAGAUUACUAUUAAUUGUUGCCAUCCUGGAGCUAUUCGUUCAGGAUUGGUUCGAGAGGCUCCAUUCUACAUGACCAUCAUUCUUGGGCUCAUGCAAUUACUCUUCUUCAAGAAUGUGAAACAAGGAUCACAAAAUACUCUUCACUUGGCUUGCUCUCCUGAUGUGCAAGGAAAGAGUGGUGCCUAUUAUGACGAUUGUCGUGUCGCUCAACCAAGACCAGUCGCUGAAAACAAGAUUUUAAGAGAGGAAUUUGCUCGAUUGUGUGACGAGGUUUGUCAGCCUUAUUUGUAA